AUGGCCUGGGCAGGAAACCAGACUCUCAUCUCUCACUUUGUCCUCCUGGGCCUCUUCACGCACACGCCCCUGCACCUCCUCCUCUUCUCCAUCAUUAUGGUCAUGUUUCUGGUGGCUCUUUCUGGCAACGGGCUCAUGAUCCUUGUCAUCAAUGUGGACUCCCGCCUGCACAGCCCCAUGUACUUCUUCCUCAGCUGGCUGUCACUCAUGGACCUCAUGCUCAUCUCCACCAUCGUGCCACGGAUGGCCACCGACUUCCUGCUGGGCCGUGGCUCCAUCUCCUUCACAGGCUGUGGGCUCCAGAUCCUUUUCUUUCUCACCCUCCUUGGGGAUGAGUGCUUCCUGCUGGCCUUCAUGGCCUAUGACCGCUACGUGGCCAUCAGCAACCCACUGAGGUACUCAGUGGUCAUGAACCGCCGUGUCUGCUGGCUCAUGGUGGGAGGGUCCUGGCUCUUUGGCCUGGUGGAUGGGCUGAUCCAGGCUGUCUUCACCUUGAGGUUCCCCUACUGUGGCUCCCAGGAGAUCGACCACUUUUUCUGUGAGGUCCCCGCUGUGCUCAAGCUGGCCUGUGCUGACACUUCCCUCUAUGAGACAAUGAUAUAUGUCUGCUGUGUCCUCAUGCUUCUCCUGCCCUUCUCUGUCAUCUCCACCUCCUACCUGCAGAUCCUGGUGGCUGUACUUCGUAUGCACUCUGCCAAAGGUCGGCGAAAGGCCUUUGCUACCUGCUCCUCCCACAUGGCCGUGGUCACUCUCUUCUAUGGGGCUGCCAUGAUCACCUACAUGCAGCCCCAGAUCUACCACUCCUCCAAGCAGGACAAGGUGGUCUCUGCCUUCUAUACCAUGAUCACCCCUAUGCUCAACCCACUUAUCUACAGCCUGAGGAACAAGGAAGUGACUGGGGCUCUCAGGAAACUCAUGGGGAGGUGUCCCUGUAGUGGGGAGCAAGGCUAA